AUGUUGGACAUAACAAACAUACAAGUCGUCAAGGAUUUGAUCGACAGGGAUUACAGGAACUAUCUAUUAAGUGCAGAGCGUGACAUUUGUCGGGAUCCUAGUAAAUUCUGGGAUUUUGUAAAAAGUAAAAAGCAUCAUUCAAGUCAACAACUGGAGUACAUGCUCAAUGGGGAAGUCAUUGCAGACCAGGAUGCAGUUGACACAUUUGCUGAUUAUUUUAGCUCGGUUUUUCAUGGCGAAAUUCCAGAGCUGGAUGCUGAAAAGGCUUCACGCCUUACAGAUAAUCAUGUGGCGACACAUAGCGUCAGUAUCACCCUUAUUGGGGUCAUCGAGUUGCGUAAGGCUGCUAAGCGACUCAGGUCUUCAUCUUCAGCUGGACCUGAUGGUAUUCCACCGUAUAUGGUUAAGGACUGCCUAUCGGCACUCGAGCGACCUCUCUUACAUAUUUUUAACCUAGCUCUUCAAUCUGCUAUUUAUCCAACUAAGUGGAAGGUAUCGAGAGUGAUCCCGACACCAAAGGAACCAAAAUCCACCGAGAUGUCAACUCAUAGGCCAAUCGCUAUUUUGUCCGCUUUUGGUAAACUCUUUGAGAGUAUUAUCAACGCUAGCCUUAUAAGGCAAAUCAGUAAUCAGUUGGAUGAAGCGCAACAUGGUUUCCGUGGUGCGCGUUCCACAGUUACUAACCACAUUUGCUUUUUUGAUUACGUGCUAA